CCGACACCGGACCAACAGGACCCCCUAGAACCCACCACCCCGUGCAAACUGUCGCCGCUUGUGCAGUGACCAUCCUCGGAGCCCAGCAUGACGACGACGACGGGCGACCCAUCGACCCUGAAGAGUCCAGCCUCCCUUUCCGGCGGCGAUCUGGUGUCUCGUCUGUUGGCCGCCACACCUCCGUACCUGUACAACAUGCCCUUGACGCCGCACAGUUUCUUCUUCAGCGAGAUGCUGCGUUCGUUCGUGCAAGCGAAGACGGAGGCGUCGUCGACGAGCAACGUCGCGAACGCUCCGAGACGUCGUAAAAGAUCCUGGAGAGACGCUCGAGAUCGUCCGUUGGAGUUAACCACGAAGGAGAGGCAACACCAUCAUCACCACCAUCACCAUCAUCAUCCUCAGCAACCGCAACCGGAGAAAUAUUUUCACACGCAGCAGCAGCAGCAACAGCAGCAACCCGAGACGCGACUGGAGAGCAGGAGCAAGCAGAGCGACGGGUACGACUCGGAGAGCAAAGUGGGUAGCUUUGAGCAGAAGCCUACGUUCGCGACGGAUAUCUUGAAGCCGGUGGACGAGAACAAGUCCGACUUCUGCAAGCAGAGCAAGUUCUUCGACGAGAGACCGAGGCACUUCGAGCAAGCUCAACCACCCGAAAACCUGUUCCCCGGUGAUCUCCAGAAAGUGAAACCCGAAGAAUCGCACUCGUCCGAUCGCAAGAACUGCAAUUACAACGACAGGAGUCCGUACGACGAGCGUACCAAGAGCACGGUAGGCAAUCAGGAGCUGCCUCUGUUGCCGGAUCAAAAGAAACUCGAUUUCUCCAGGAACUUUCUACCCGGCCUACCAGGAAGAGGCUGCGACAUGCUUCCGGCCGUGAAAGGUUUCGGUCUACCCGGGAACGUGACGAACCCAGAAUUUCUACCCAGUCCAUUAUGGUACCCGCCUUACCCGAUGCCUCAAUCGUACCCCGGCAUCGAUCCCCUGCACUUCUUCAUCGACCUCCGCGUCUCCGGACACAUCUGGGAUCGCAAACUCAGCGAGAGGCAGCUACCCUUCAAAGGCAAACACUGUUCCGCGUUCAGCGUGCCGCAGUCCAAAGAGUACAACAGCAAUAGACCGUUGAAUUUGACGAGGGACGAAGCCACCACGUCCAGGAGUAGCGAGGAUAAUCCUCGUGGCACCAAUUACAUACUGAGACAGCUGACCAGGACGUAUAGAGAUAUCGGACAGGCACGGAAAUCCAGGAGCGAGACGUCCAUUUCCGGGGAGAGCGAAGACAGUUCCAAGGAUGUUGAUAAUAGUGGGUGUCUUGACGAGAGAUCGCCAAAGCCAGAAGAGGCAGCAGCGUCCACGACUCCAGAAGAGGAGAGGAAAGACCUCCGAGCACUGAUCGGGCUGGAAUUGGUGGUGGAUUACGUGAAGGAGCCGAAGGGAGACCCAUCGAACGAGCAGACUUCGCAAGUAACCGAAUAACUCGUGGAACUCGUACGAUUCUCUUUUCUUCUCGACUGUAUAAAUAGAUGUAGUUCCGACACUUACGAUCGCAUCCUGAUUCUCGUUUGGACUACGACGUUUACGA